GCAACGUGCAGAAAUCCCACUCUGACCUCCUGGUUAAUCUGCAUUCAGUCAGAAGAUCCCUUUUCCCUGACAGACCUGCUGCUGCUGCUGUGAAUGUGUGUGAGAGUGAGUGUAUAUAUAUAUAUAUAUACUCUAUAUCUCCCAGGCUUCCCUUUGUACCAUUCUAUUUAUUUCACCCCCCGCUCAGCAGAGACCUCUGUGAUUCUCCCCAGCUCGUGCACUUGAACGAUCAAAACGCGGAUCUGCUGCCACAAGACGGAUCCCGCUCCUUCAAUAUUAAUUGGCGCAGCAUCAGCCCGGCGGAAUGUCUCAUUGCAGUCUAUGUACCUGCUAGAGGGGGGGGGGCAACGACUGGACUAUUCCAUUCGCCACAAAGACAGCGGCGGAGGGGUCGAAACGCGACGAGAGAUGCGAUCACCAAAGAAGCCCAACGAUGCUUUAUCAGCCGCAGCCUUUUGCCAUCGUAAAAUGAUCGUGCGGCUACUGCUGAUCCUUUCUGUCGUCCAAUGUUCCUUCCAAAAGGAUGACGAGGACUAUGAAGAUGCACCCUCUAAUAACACAUGGCUUUUGACACGUAAAUUCCAUGAUAAUGAUGUAACCUCGAUUUUAAAUGGCCUUUUAAAGGGAUACGAUAACAAGCUUCGACCAGAUAUUGGAGUUAAACCAACAGUAAUACACACGGAUAUGUAUGUAAACAGCAUUGGGCCAGUAAAUGCCAUCAAUAUGGAAUAUACAAUUGACAUCUUUUUUGCCCAAACCUGGUACGACAGACGGCUGAAAUUCAAUAGCACUAUAAAAGUUCUUAGACUGAACAGCAAUAUGGUUGGUAAAAUCUGGAUACCCGACACUUUUUUUCGCAACUCAAAAAAAGCCGAUGCACAUUGGAUAACAACGCCCAACAGAAUGUUAAGGAUAUGGAAUGAUGGAAGAGUACUUUAUACCCUAAGGCUUACAAUAGAUGCUGAAUGUCAGUUGCAGUUGCACAAUUUUCCAAUGGAUGAACACUCUUGCCCGCUAGAGUUUUCAAGCUAUGGAUACCCAAAGGAAGAAAUAAUCUAUCAGUGGAAGCGCAGUUCAGUUGAGGUUGGAGACGUCAGGUCAUGGAGGCUUUAUCAGUUCUCAUUCGUUGGAUUAAGGAAUACAACUGAAGAAGUGAAGACGACAUCAGGAGAUUAUGUUGUAAUGGCAGUAUACUUUGAUCUAAGCAGAAGAAUGGGAUAUUUCACUAUCCAGACAUAUAUUCCAUGUACACUUAUUGUGGUUUUAUCUUGGGUGUCAUUUUGGAUCAAUAAAGAUGCCGUUCCAGCUAGAACAUCUCUCGGCAUCACAACUGUUUUAACUAUGACCACUUUGAGUACAAUUGCUCGGAAGUCAUUACCUAAGGUGUCCUAUGUGACGGCUAUGGACCUUUUUGUGUCGGUCUGCUUUAUUUUCGUGUUUGCUGCUCUUAUAGAAUAUGGAACUCUGCAUUAUUUUGUGAGUAACAGGAAGCCAAGCAAAAACAAGGAAAAAAAGAAGAAAAAUCCACUUCUCUGGAUGUUUUCCUUCAAGGCACCAACUAUUGAUAUCCGCCCACGUUCAGCAACUAUUCAAAUGAAUAAUGCCACGCAUCUGCAAGAAAGGGAUGAAGAAUAUGGUUAUGAGUGUCUUGAUGGGAAAGAUUGUGCCAGUUUUUUCUGCUGCUUUGAGGACUGUCGUAGUGGAGCGUGGAGACAUGGAAGAAUACAUAUUCGAGUGGCAAAAAUUGACUCCUAUUCAAGAAUUUUCUUCCCAACUGCCUUUUGCUUAUUUAAUUUGGUUUACUGGGUAUCAUACCUUUAUCUUUAAAAAUAAACACCUUAGUAAUGGAUGAGUGAUAUGGGCCUUAUAAAGCAUAAACAAUAUGAUUGAUUAUGUAUUUCAUGACAUUUAACAGUACAAUACUCAGCAUUGGGUGACUCCAUUUACUGAGUGCCAUAGUUCACUUUUACUUUUACGCUUCUUGUAUCUGAAAUGGUAAUUUGCACUGACCUUUCAGUUGUUGAUGUUAAAUCUUAUGGAAAUGUAUCUAUUGAAAGAAUGCAGUUCUUUACAAGGAGUUCAGGAAAUUGAGUUUACUGCAGGAUGUAAACGAACCACCACUUCAUAAAUUAACUGUUUAAUUGUAUAACUGAAUUUUCGCUUUGUAGUACUAUUUCAUUCAAAUAAAAUGGCAAUCAACCAGUUUGUUGAGGUACUCACAAGAAAAUUCUUUUAUAUAUAUUAAAAAAAAAACCUUGUACUACUUAAAAGACACAUGUAAGUAAAAUAUUGUAAAUAUUUAAUUCUUUGCAAUCCUUUAAUACAUAUAAAAGAUAAUGCAUGCACCACUGGGGCCAAACUUUUGCAAAAUGUGAUGCAUGAUACACAAUUUCUAUAUAAACAGUAUAUAUAUAUAUAUAUAUAUAUAUAUAUAUAUAUAUAUAUAUAUAUAUAUAUAUAUAUAUAUACACAUAUAUAUACAUACUAUACACAAGUUACAUUUUCUUUAUGUGUCUGCCUGCACUGUUUCAGCUGAACGAUGGGUAGAUUCCAUCUUCAUUUUUGUUUCUUCUAUCCUGUGUUAUGCAUGAAAUUUUAUUUCUGACAGCACUUUCUUUUACCAUUACAUAUGCCUUAAAUAUAUGAAGACAUAAAGUAAACUGCUUCUGCUGCA